AUGCUCAAUAUCAAUAUAGACUUCAAACGUCACAAAUGGGCGAUCCUAUACUGCUCAAUAUCUGCCAUAGGGGCCUUUGUCUUUGGAUAUGAUAACACUUACUACAGUGGAAUCCUUGGAAUGCAGCAAUUCAAAAAUGACUACGGUAGUCAAUAUGAGAAUGGCCAAAAGGCACUCGCAACCAGUUUCACUUCCCUUACAACUUCGAGUAUUUACAUUGGCGACAUGGUUGGCGCUUUUAUCGCUGGGCCGUUGAAUGAUCGUUUCGGCCGUCGAAUUGUUCUUUGGAUCGCUUCGUUUCUUGUUCUGGCAGGUGGCAUUACACAGACUGCGGAUACUCAUAUUGAAGGAGUUAUUGUGCUGGGUCGAAUUCUCAUUGGCCUUGGGGUUGGUAACUUCACAGUCACGUCGCUUCUCUACAUGGGGGAGAUUGCACCUAUUGAGAUACGCAGCCCAGCACUCUACAUGUACCAAUUUAUCCAAUCUUGCUCGCAGCUAGUCGCUUCUGGGACCACACAAGGCACGAACGAAAUCACGUCUUCCCUUUCGUACAAAUUGCCGAUGGGCGGUCUCGUCAUUCUACCCCUCGUGGCUUUUGCGCUUUUGCCAUUUAUCCCAGAGAGUCCAACAUGGUAUGUGUUCCGAGGAAGACGACAUGACGCCGAAACCUCGCUGCGAAAGAUUCACCGGAAUGACCCGAGCUACGACCCAUCUGCUGAUAUCGCCCUAUUGGAACGAGCGAGGGAAUAUGAUAACGAGCAAGCAAAAGCGUCAUCCUGGAGAUCAUUGAUCUGCGACCCCGUCGAGCGCAAAAAGUUGAUUUGGGCCGCAGGCGGGAUGUAUGCGCAACAAAUCUGCGGCAUUAUCUUCUUCUAUAACUAUGGGGUGGUCUUUGCACAGGAAAUUGGCGUCUCUCAGCCAUUCACCAUCACGCUGAUCACCAUGAUUCUGCAAAUUUUUGCGGUCGGAGCCUCGGUGCUUACGGCGAACAAACUGCGAAGACGAACGAAUCUUCUUAUCAGUACGGGACUGAUUUUGAUAUCUUUUGUCGUGAUUGGAGGCAUUGGCACGCAAAAGGAGCCUUCGACUGCAUCGAAAUACGUUAUCGUGGUCUUCUCCUACGUGGUCAUCUGCGCGUACAAUUUCGGACAGGGCCCUUUGACAUAUGCUAUUACGCGUGAACUAUCCGUUGGGGUGAAUCAGGAUAAGAUCAUUUCGAUCUCGAUCGUUGCGCUUUACUUCUUUCUGUGGGUUAUUUCUUUCACAGCACCAUACCUAUACUAUGAUGCCGGGUUAGGGCCAAUGGUCGGGUUCGUUUACGCAGCGACAACUCUCACUUCGCUUGCUUGGGUCUGGUUCUGUGUUGGGGAAACUCAAGAAAGAACACAGGUAGAAAUUGCGGCGUUUUUUGAGGAAGGUAUCCCAGCCCGUCAAUGGCAAAGCCAUGUCUUUGCUGGUAAUCGGGGAGAGGAAAAGGACUCGGAUGUGAGAACUUGA